UGCUUAUAAAUCAAGAAAAUUCUUAUAGCAAAUCAUCAUAAGUCUUUGUUAAAACAUUUUUAUAUAGCAAGAAAAAUGGGGUUUGAAACUUACAAGCCCACAAUUGUUAUGAUUGCUUUGCAAUUUAUGUAUGCUGCUAUUACUUUAUGUACUAGAGUUACUCUUGUACAAGGAUUGAGUGCUAGAGUUUUUGUUGUUUAUAGGCAAACUAUAGCAUUUCUCCUUAUUGCACCUAUUGCUUUCGGGCCAAGGAAAACAGGCAAUAGUAUUUGCUUGGGAUGGAAAAGUUUUUGGUUGAUAUUCUUGGCUUCUCUCGUUGGUGUAACAAUAAAUCAGAAUAUAUAUUUUUCUGGUUUGUACUAUUCUUCAUCUUCAAUUGCAAGUGCAACUGGAAAUCUUGUUCCAGCAUUCACUUUUCUCAUGGCAUGGGUCAUGGGGUUAGAGAAAGUGCAAAUGAAAAGCUUGAGGAGUAUAGCAAAGGUGAUUGGAACAAUUUUAUGUGUUGCUGGAGCUGUUGCAAUGGCAUUAAUUAAAGGGCCAAAAUUGCUAAAUUCACAAUUUAUUCCCACAAAUGGAUUAUUAUUAUUAAUUCUUGGCAAAGAAAAUAGUGAUAAUUUGGACUCUAAUUGGAUGCUUGGUGUUAUUUUGCUCAUUGCAAGUGCUAUUUGCUGGUCAUUUUGGCUCAUUUUGCAGGUGACAUUAUCAUCAAAUUGUCCAGAUCAUUUGUGUUUAACAGCUUGGUUAUGUCUAUUUGCUGCAAUUCAAUCUGGAUUUGCAACAAUUUUCAUUGAACCUAAUAUUAAUAGCUGGAAAAUAAAUUCAUCUCUAGAGCUCAUUUCUUGCUUAUACACUGGAUUUUCAUCAGCAGUUUCUUUCUUUGGACAAGCUUGGUGUAUUUCACAUAGAGGUCCAUUAUUUUCAGCAAUGUUCAAUCCAUUAUGCACUGUUAUAGUAACAAUAUUUGCCUCGACAUUUAUGAAAGAAGAAUUGUACACUGGAAGCUUGGUGGGAUCACUUGCUGUGAUUUUUGGACUAUAUGUGGUAUUAUGGGGAAAAUCAAAGGAUAAAAAAGAGGAAAAUAUUAUUGUGGAUAAAGAGCCAGUAAAGCAACACAAUAUUCAAGAAACAACAAUUAUAAUUCAAAAUUCUAAUUUAGAUUUGAUUACAAGUUGUAAAAUAGAUUUAGAGGAACCAUUGUUGACUAAAAUAUCAACAAACAAUGAAGAUGAUAAAUAGUGUAAAAAAUAAUUCUAAAAAUAGAGGAAGUUUCGAGCAUUUUAGGAUCUUAAAUGUAUCGAUACGAUUAGUGACUUAUUAUUUCGAUGAAUUAUUUUUUGGGACAAAAGAAUUGUUACAAGUAGUUAUUGUUUAAUUCCUUCAUAUGUAUUAUUGUUUUAGGAAUUAAUCUUGUUGCUGUAUUAUUAUUUUUUUCUCUAUUAAUAAAAGUGAUGCAUAUGUUAAAUGAUUAGAAAUUUAGAAUUAUAUUUUUCAUUGGCUAGUUGUUUCUCUUUUAAUUAUAAAGUUUCUCUUUGUUAUCUUAUUUAUCAUAGUUAGAAAUUUAUUUAUUUAUUCGUAUAUUACAUACUAUAAAUAUUGAACCCUCGUAAUUUUUUUAAUUUCAUUACUUAACAAAAUUCACCAAACAUUAAAAAGGAAAGACGGAUAUAAGUGAAUUAUGCAUUUUUACAUUGUUUGGAUAAAAUAUAUAUAUAUAUAUAUCUGAACUUUGAGUUUCGAUAUGUGUUAGUUCAUAAUUUUUUUUGAAUUAUUGGACCAACUUUUUAUUUAUUUGUAUAUUACAUACUAUAAAUAUUGAACCUUCAUGAUUUUUCAAAAAAAGUUUUA